AUGGCAGUAAAGAGCAACAAUAAGUCUCUGGGUCAGUUGCAUGGGAGUUUUCCGUACUACGGAGAUCAGUCAGCUGUCCUGAGGUAUUCUGAGUUUCUCACUUUUCUAGAGGAAGGCUUCCUUUGCACAGCCUGCGCGCACACUUCCCUCGCUUCAGCAGUUCGGGCUCCGGCCGGCGAUCUGCCCUUCCGUGUAGUUCCACCCCACACCGCAGGGGGCAGAGGCAGCCCGUGCUCGCUCCCGGCUUCCGACCCUGCUUCCGUCUCCUUCAGACCCGACCAAGUCAGUGCGCCGGGGGGAGCGGCCAUAGAGACGGCGGCCCUGGGCGCUGCGGGAACGUCCCGGCCCGGCUCUGGCGAGGCUAGCAUCCCCCCGCCCGGCGGAGAGAGGGACGGCCCGGCCCGCAGGCCCGACCCGGAAGCCGCCGCGCGGGCCACGCUCGCCUCUCGCCGGGACAGUGUGCGCCGCCCCGCGUGCCCUGGCGGCCGGCUGUCCGUGCUCGGCCCCACUGGCCCAUGGUUCACCGUCACGCUGCCGCCCUCGGUGCCGGGGGGAGACUCGGGGGAACUGAUCACAGCUGCACAUGAGCUUGGAGUUGCCCAUCCUCCUGGCUAUCCUUUGUUCACUCUGGUGGCUCAACUGGCAAUUACACUAUUUCCUUUUGGUUCAGUUGCCUACCGAGUCAAUCUUCUCUGUGGCUUAUUUGGAGCAGUAGCUGCAUCAUUACUUUUUUUCACCGUUUUCAGGCUUUCUGGCUCAUAUGCUGGAGGAAUCCUUGCUGCGGGGGUGUUUUCAUUUUCUCGUCUAACAUGGCAGUGGUCCAUUGCAGCAGAGGUUUUUAGUUUAAACAAUCUGUUUGUGGGGCUGCUUAUGGCUCUUACUGUACAUUUUGAGGAGGCAGCAACUGCAAAAGAAAGAUCAAAGAUAGCUAAAAUUGGUGCUUUCUGCUGUGGCCUUAGCUUAUGUAAUCAGCACACAAUAGUACUCUAUGUUUUGUGCAUUAUACCAUGGAUUCUCUUUCGACUUUUAAAAGAGAAGGAACUCUCCCUGGGCUCUUUGUUGAAGUUGAGUCUGUGCUUCUCUGCUGGUUUGCUACCCUACCUCUACCUUCCCAUCUCAUCCUACCUCAGUCAAGCCCGUUGGACCUGGGGAGACCAGACAACGUUGCUCGGAUUUUUGACACAUUUUCUCAGGGAGGAAUAUGGAACAUUCAGUCUGGCCAAAUCUGAAAUAGGAUCCAGUAUGUCUCAAAUAUUGCUUGCUCAAAUAACAAAUAUGAAGACCCAACUCUCAUUCAACAUUCAAGCCCUCGCAGUUUGGGCAAAUAUAUGUUUAGCAAGAAAGGACAAACAGAAUCCAUCCUUAGUAUGGCUUUUUACUGCAAUGUUCUGCAUUUAUUCAUUGUUCUUUGCUUGGAGGGCAAAUUUAGAUAUUUCAAAACCACUUUUCUUGGGUGUGGUAGAGCGAUUCUGGAUGCAGAGCAAUGCCGUGGUGGCUGUCCUCGCUGGCGUUGGUUUGGCUGCACUUGUUUCUGAGAGUAACCGAGUGCUGAACACCAAUGGGCUUCAGUAUCUGGAAUGGCUUUCAGCAACUCUCUUUGUAGUUUACCAAAUAUAUUCUAAUUUCAGCAUUUGUGACCAAAGCAACAACUACGUGAUCGAUAAAUUUGCGAAGAACCUUCUAGCCUCUAUGCCUCAUGAUGCAAUUAUCUUACUCAGAGGAGAUUUGCCAGGAAAUGCUCUCCGUUACAUGCAUUAUUGUGAGGGACUGAGGCCAGAUAUUUCCUUAGUGGAUCAGGAAAUGAUGACUUAUGAGUGGUAUUUACCCAAGAUGGCAAAGCAUUUACCAGGUGUCAACUUUCCUGGGAACCGGUGGAAUCCUGUGGAAGGAAUACUACCUAGUGGAAUGGUCACAUUUAAUCUUUAUCAUUUUCUUGAAGUAAAUAAACAAAAAGAAACAUUUGUUUGCAUAGGAAUUCAUGAAGGUGACCCAACCUGGAAAAAGAACUAUUCACUUUGGCCAUGGGGUUCUUGUGACAAAUUAGUUCCUUCAGAGAUUGUAUUCAACCCUGAGGAAUGGAUUAGACUUACAAGAAAUAUCUACAACUGGACUGAAGAAUAUGGAAGGUUUGAUCCAUCUUCUUGGGAAUCUGUGGCCAAUGAGGAGAUGUGGCAAGCAAGGAUGAAAACGCCGUUCUUCAUCUUUAACCUGGCAGAAACAGCAAAUAUACCUUCAAAUGUGAAAGCCCAACUCUACACUCAUGCGUAUAAUCUUUAUAAGGAGAUUGUCUAUUUACAAAAGGAACACCCAGUGAAUUGGCACAAGAACUACGCCAUCGCCUGUGAGCGGAUGCUGCGCCUGCGGGAAAGAGGUGCAGACCCUGAAGUCUUGUUAUCGGAAACCAUCAGACAUUUCCGUCUCUACACUCAGAAAGCACGGAAUGAUCCACAGCUGGCUGAUAUGUUAAUUGCUCUAAAGCACCUAAGAAAAGAACUGCAAAGUCUGAGAAAUAUGAAAAAUGUCUGAGACAGCAAAAUGUGAAAAACCUGCUCCUCAUUCAGCUUCCAAAAUUCCAAAGUCCAAAAGUUUUUCAUCCAAG